AUGAGCUGUGUGUCGAUAACCAUUCUGCUGUGGCUGGCUACAAUGCUACGAACUCAAGUCAUCUGCCAAUUCAGUGGCGGGUCAUAUUGCCCUUGUCUCAAGACAUCAAAUCGGGUUCUCCACAAGGAGAAUAUUGAAAGUUACAUGACACAAAAAGCAGUCUGCCAUAUUGAUGCCGUUUUAUUUAAAACAGUCAGUGGUUUAACUUUUUGCUCCAAUCCACAAAAGCCUUGGGUGAAAAAAGCCAUGGAAUUUGUGGACCAGAAGUUGAUGUCUUCGGAAAUGACAGCACAUCCCAUAAACUCUACAUCAACAUUUAAAAUAACAUCAAAACUGAACACAGCAUCAGACUGGAAUGAACAAGAUGAACAAAGAACUACUUCACCUGAGCUAUUGGAAUUUCCUAACAAAUCAACUGGCCAUUCAUUUUGUCCUUGUUUGAAGAUGUCGGAAGCUGUUCUCCGCAAGGAAGAUAUCAAAAGUUACAAGAUACAUAAAGCAGACGUUUGCCAAAUUGAUACCAUUGAGUUUAAAACAUUCAGCGGUUUAACUAUUUGCUCCAAUCCACAAAAGCUUUGGGUAAAAAUAGCAAUGGAAUUUGUGAACAAGAAGGCAACCCUUGUCAAAAAAUCCUAUUGGAAUUUUAGUUUAUCCUUUAGGAUCUUACUGGAUUCUUAAAAUCCUAUUGGACAAUCUGAUUUAUUUUAAUGGAAUUUUUACUUUGUCCUAUUGGAUUUUAGAAUCUUAUUGGACAUUCUGAUUUAUCUUACAGGAAUUUCACUUUGUCCUAUUGGAUUUUAGAAUCUUAUUGGACAUUCUGAUUUAUUUUAAUGGAAUUUCACUU